CUAAAUUGAAACAAACGAUAUUGGGAGAUGGGGAAAGAACUCGGGUCUUCAGGUGCAAGUGUAAAUGUUCAUGAACAAAUAACCUAUAAGUACCUCGCAAAUACUCAACAAUGGGAUGGCUUACUGAUGCAGAAGUUCAAGGGAUUUAUUCAAACUGGUUCUAAACCUUUCGACGUUAAGCGUUUACAUUUUGUGCAUUCAGAUAAGUUUACUUGAAGGCUUGCCAUCCUUGCAUUCCAUUCUUAUUCGGGUCAAUUUUCAGCGUGCUCUCAUUGCUGUUGAUCUUAUAUUCCAAAUACUCGAUCUUCAUAUCCCUCCAAGGCUCUCCGAAGUAGUUUGUUGCAAUCCAUUCGAGCGGAAGUAUUUGGACAAGAGCUGCAUUUUCAGGGAGGAACAUAAUGUUUGUGAGGGCAGCUCCAUGAACCCCCCCAAUAACACAUCACAAAAGUUCACAGCUUCUGCAAUCCUUGACAUGUUCCUACCAGCGUUCGUAUCAUUUACCUUGUCGCCCAAACUUCUAGCCAUCUUAGUAAUUUGUCUCGGAUUGGUGAAACACCUGGUGCUCCUUCUCGAUAUGAUGAGAAGCUGGGGCUUUUUACGCCGGCCACCACCUCUGAUUCUGGUUGCAUUGGCCCUCUUUAGUGAAUAAGUUUUUCUUAAGAAACGCUCAUUAGGCCAGAACAGUGACGAAAAUCGGUGAUGCUUUAGGCGGCCACCUAGGCGGCCGCUAGGCGCCCUAGGCGGUCUAGGCGGCGUUAGGCAGAGCUAGGCGGUUUGAAUUUUUGUUUAAUUAAAACUUAAUUUGAUUGGGUCUAUUUUUCGCGUCGGUUGUCUUUCUCGCUGUGCACAGACUCAGACACAUUGACAACCCUAAUUUCUUCCGAGUUCUCUCUCGCGGCUCGCCGUCGCUUGUGCUCUGCUCUGCUACUUCAUCGCUGGCCGUCUCUUCAUCUCUGGUUAGUCACAAUCUGAACAAAAGCUAAUCCAAUUGCACCAAUCCACGGUUCACCAUCAUCUCGCAUCUGAUCUGAGGCUCCGGCUCUGCGCACUGCAAUUUCGUUCAGUCUCCUCUCCUCUCCAAUUUCAUAUUCUCCGAGUCUCUGACUCCAUCUAUAACGGGCAGUGUAUCUUCUGAAGUAUCUAAUACAAUGUCGUCCUCUCAAUUAAAUAGUUCGUUAAAGCGUGCUUUAGACGAUGUGGCAUGGGAGUAUGGGGUCUUGGUGAAUCCUACAAACUUAGAUAAGGUGCAAUGUAAGUUGUGUAAGAAAACAAUUAGUGAUGGAGUAUAUAGAAUGAAACAACACAUUGCCAACAUCAAGGGAAAUGUAGCCGGGUGCUCAAAGUCUUUGGACGAGGAUAAAGCAAAAUGGAGAGCCACAUUAGAAGAGGCAAAAAAUAAGAAGAAUGAAAGAAGUAAGCAUAAUGAGAAUGUGAGGGGAAAUGUUCAACUUAAACAUAUUGAAGAAGAAGAAGACAUUAAAGUUGUUGGGUCAAGGAAAAGCCCGUGCACUCUUGGGCCUAUGGAUAAGUUUGCAUUCACUAUCAAUCUCGGUUCCUCAAAUGACGGAAGCAAAGGGACGCAACAACAAAAUAUCAAUGAUGCAAUUUGGAAGCAUAGAACACAUCAAGUGAAUCAAUAUUUAGCUCGAUGGGUGUAUGAAGCCGGUAUCCCUUUUCAUGUUAUUGAUAAUGAUAACUUUAAACUUUUUUUGGAAGCAGUUGGUCAAUUUGGUAUGGGUUAUCAACCUCUAACCCAAUAUGAUUUAAGGGAACCAUUGUUGAAAGAACAGGUGGAGAAAGUCAAAAAUUCACUUAAGAAGCAUGAAGAAGAGUGGGCUCUGAAUGGUUGCUCAAUUAUGACCAAUGCUUGGAGUGAAAAAAAUGGAAGAAGCAAAAUGAAUUUGUGUGUUAAUUGCAAGAAAGGUACGGUAUUUCUUUCUUCCAAGGAAUGCUCGACCGAGACACACACCGGGGAGUACAUCUUAGAAUAUGUUGACAAGUGUAUUGAAGAAGUUGGGCCAUUAAACGUAGUUCAAGUGGUGAUCGACAGUGCUUCUAACAACAUGGUAGCGGCUAACAUGAUGAAGUUGAAGAGGCCAAACAUGUUUUGGACAUCAUGUGCCACUCACACUUUGAACCUCAUGAUUCAAGGAAUUGGGUGUCUACCUAGGUUCAAAAGAGUGAUCGACAAGGCAAAAGCUUUUACUAUCUUCAUUUAUGCACAUCAUAAAACAUUGGCGUUAAUGAGGAAGUAUACGAAGAAAAGAGACAUAGUGAGGCCCGGGAUUACUAGAUUUGCAACUUCUUUCCUAACUUUGUAAAGCUUGAGUGAUAAGAGAAAGGACUUGAUGAUUAUGGGUUUUAGUGAUGAAUGGGAACAAUGCAAACAUUCCAAGAGUACAAAGGUUAAAAUGGCAUAUGCUAUCAUGGUGAGUGCACAUUUUUGGGAAGGGGUCUCACUUUGCUUGAAGGUGUUUGAACCUUUAUUUAAGGUGCUUCGACUUGUGGAUGGUGGCAAAAAACCCUCAAUGGGGUUUUUGUACGAAGAGCUACAAAAAGCAAGGAAUGAGAUUAAAGAGGCAUUAAAAAAUAAUGAGGCCAACUAUAGACAAAUUCUACAAAUUAUUGAUGAAAAAGCUCAUGAUCGGCUUGAUGGACCAUUACAUUUGGUGGCUAACUUCUUGAACCCUUAUUACUUCUUCAAAGAUCAAAGCAUUCAACAUGAUCCACUUGUCAUGGACGCCAUGUUUACUUGUGUUGAGAAUUUCUUCCCUGACAACUAUGAAGUCCAAAAUCAAGUAAUAAAUAUAGAGAUGCCAAAGUAUAAGAAAAAAGAGGGUGGAUUUGGAAGACAUUUGGCCGAGAUUGGAUGCAUAGAGAAUGAUGACAACUAUGAUCCAAGUAUGAAUAUUCAUAUACUCUUACUUAUUAAUAACUUUCCAAAACUAAUUAUUUUUCUUUACUAGUCUAACUGUUUUUAUUUACUAGUCUAAUUCUAAUUGUGUACUUUGUGCUUCUUUAGUUUCAUGGUGGUGUACGUAUGGUAAUCGUGUACCUAAUUUGUAAAGAAUUGCUAUAAAGAUUCUCUCAUUGACUACAAGUUCAUCCGGGUGUGAGAGAAAUUGGAGCACUUUUGAGGGGAUACAUACAAAGAAAAGGAAUAGCCUAGAUACAACAAUGUUAAAUAAUUUGGUCUAUGUCCAAUACAAUGCAAAGAUCAUGACCAAGAAGAAAAAAGAAAAUGAGAAGAAAAUGGAUAUACUACUUGCUAGUGAAGCUAGUAUGGUGCAAGGAUGGAUUGUGGAGGGUGGUGAUGAAGAAGUUGAGCUUGAUUUGGGAAUGGAUGCAGAGGCAUUAGAGGUGGAUACUUCAUAGGAGGAGUUAUAGAAAUGUUGAAGUAAGAGAACUUUAUGAAGAAGAUUUUGUAUCAGAUGAAGACAUGGAAGAAGAAGGAGAUGAUGAGGAAGUUGAGUUUGAGUUGGAGAAAGUCUUCAAGGGAUAUGGAGAAGAAGAGAUUGAGGCCUAACUUUACAACUUUACAAGUAUCUUAUAUUAUUAUAUAUCUUUUUAUUCCUUUCAUUUUGCAUUUUAUGUGUUUUUGAAUUGCAAACUUAUUGGAUACAUGUAAUAUCCAAGAACACUUAUUAUGAUUAUAUGCUUAACUUUUUCACCUUAUUUUAUUUUCAAUAAAUCAUAGUACUUUAUAUAUUCUUGUACUUCUAUUUUGUAAUUUAUUAAUAUUUUAUUCCUAAUACAAGU